AUGGCUAUCCGAGGUGUUUUCCUCGCCGCGCUUGUGUGCUUGUCGGUGCUCGCAGCGCUGACCCUCACCACCACGGCCUUCGAGCUUCGCGGCACUCGCAGGGACGGCGGCGCGACUCGUACUAAGACUGUUGCUGGCAGGCGCUCCCUGGCGGACUCCGGUCAUGCCGCGAUGCCGAGCUCUCCAAAGGGGAGCUCUUCCAAAGGGAGUAAGGCCUAUUGGGACAUGGCGAGAAAGGCUUGUGUAGGUAAGGGCAAGGCGUGCGCGAAAGCCGUCUCCGACAACUUCAAUAAGAAGGACGGGGCAAAAAUGGUGGCUGGCGCCGUGGCCAAGGCCGGCGGGAUAGCGGUUGACGCGGCGGCAGGCGUGGCAGCCGCGCGGAAGGGGGACAAGGAAGGCGCCAAGAAGGCCGCGGUGGAUGUCGUCAAGGGCGCUGGCACGAUGGCGGUUGCCGCGUUGGGUCCUAAAGGCGCGCUCGUGGCUGGCGGGACGGUGUACGCGGCGAACAAGGCGAAACCCCACUUGGAGAAGUUUGCGAAGCACGUCAAGGCGAAGCUCAAGGAGAAGCGCGAGGCUAACAAGCAGCAGCGCGACCUGGGCUACCACGAAAUGAAUAUCCGCCGCCGGGCACGGCCCUUCCUGGCCCACACGGGGAAAUCAGCCAACCCAUCAUCGCCCCUCCCGUCUGGCAGAGCAGCAGCUGCUGCUGGCAAAGCCCCGCUGCUGGUGCUACUUCUAGUGCAGCGUGCUCUUGACUUCCGCGCCUGCUGCAUGGCACGGCCCUUCCUAGCCCGUGUCCGUGGCAUCCUCGCGCGGCCAUUUAUGCCCCACGCAAGGAAUCCGUGA